CCAACUGAUUUUGUAUUAUAAAAUAAUGAAUAUUCACAUCUAAAUUAUUUUCAAGAUUUAAAAAUCGAAGUUAUAAAACGUUUUUUAUGCUUAUACAAAUUUUAGGGUCGUGUACAAAAUGACAGCCAAAACAAAGAAAAUAGCAAAAGAAAAUAUGUUAGAAAUAGGAUGGUAUGGACAAAUAGACCAUUAUUUAUCGAAUCUUGUUCCGAAUGGCAUAGUAAAAAUUAAAAACGGAAACAGCAUGAAACAAUUUGGUUUGAAAAUACAAAAGAACUAUAUGCAAGAGAUGAUUAAACAACUGUCUGAAAUGAUGAAACUACAAAAAGAAUUUGAACUUGAAUUGGUGUUGAAAAACAAAAUGAGUCCGUUAACGGCGAAUAAAUCUGUCUUAAAGCACCCUGUUGUUGCCCACAGACUAAAGGCAGAGAAACUAAUUGAAUUUAACAAGGAAAAACCAAAAAAACAUUAUUCACGGUCAUAUAUUAAGAAAUUUGAAGAAACACAAUGCAAAAAUAUUCCAUCGGAAGUUGAACAAAUGGGUAUUAAAUUCAGGGAACUAAAAUUUGGAGAAAGUUGUGUUUUUGAUUAUUACAAACAUGGUAGACUUUUGAAACAGAAAAUGAACGAACAUAACAAAGCAAUUGGACUACACUUACCACGAUCAGACUUCCAGGUCAAAAUAAACGACGAAAACCUUAACACAAUGACUAAGAUGAAUAUAAACAAUUUUGAAGACCUCAAAAUCUUUCACGAAAUGGCCAAUAAACUAAUUAAAGAACCCUAUACCGGAUGUUACUAGCCCUCAAGAUAGAAACGAAUGCACACACGGGUACAAUAAAUUCUACAUAAUAUUUUAUCAUCUUGAUCAAGAAUAUGCUAUCCGUAGAUCACAAUGUAACUUAAUAAAUAAAUAUUGAAUUCCAGAUAGAAAAACUGUAAUGAUAAUAAUGUUGUAUUACUAUUAUUUCAUUAUUUAUGUAAUAUAAUAAAUUAAAUAAUUACUAAGUACUUAAAUCAAAACUGAA